GAUAUAAGUAGUCGCUUCUGCUUGCGCCAAAGGCCAUGUGUGCUCAAAUUUCAGCCAUAUUUAUAUGCAGGGACAUAGCCAGAUGCUUAGGAAGAGGCAUGCACAUAGCGAUCCCUCAACAGAUUCCUAUGCGGUGCCAUGUGUGCGGACUUGCAUAUAUCUUAGGACCGGGCGCAAUGGUUUAAAGGGUUAUGCUGGAUUUAUGGGCCUACUUAUUCUUAGACUAUACAAUUGGAGGAUAAAACCAGAUGGGAAUUGUCUAUUCUUCGGCCUCCUGAUUUCACCAGGAUACCCUUUGUGUUAAUAAUGUUCACUUAUUAGCAGCAUGAUCCCACUGGGAGAGCUUGAAGUUGUAUGCGCCUCGCGCAUGGCACAGUUUCUUUACCCAGAUCCUUACAAGGAACGCUAAACUGCUCAUUAAAGCGCAGACUUGGCAGAAAUCAUUAUUAUUUCCUGGUAAAGCUAGAAAAAAUGGUGACUCCAAGGAGGUGUUUGCGGUCAUUACAUAUACUAUUGAUCAAUGGUGUGACUCAAGACGUAAUGUAGAAUUAUGACCGUUUAUAACCAAUACUAAACAUGGCAUGUGCGUCUCUGUUUUUCCUCUCCAGAAAGGUCAUUUUUAGGCUUCUGCUGUCGUCACUUGGAAAAAGUAAAAUGAGAGACACCACAAAUGCUUACGUCCCCCCUGCGGUCCCCACAGGGGUGAAGCCAGGGAGCACAAGGUGGAGGUGUCACACCACGCAGGACGUUCGGGUACUUGGCGGCGGCGAGCAAGGCCCCGGCGGAGACAUUUCCACGACGGCCCUGACUAUUUCGCAGCAGCCGUUCUUUCUUCUGCGCAGAGAAGAGCAAGAGGCUUUCUUCAACCUCCUGGAGGAUGGCUUAAUACAAGACUUUCUCUCAAUGGACACAUGCUACAGAAUCUCAGAUAAGUAUCUUAUAGCUAUGACUAUGAUGUACUUCAAACGUGCCGGCUUGAAUACAAGAGAAUACACGCGGAUUAAUCUCUUCCUAGCUCUGUACCUAGCAAAUGACAUGGAAGAAGAUACAGAAGACUACAAGUAUGAGAUCUUUCCCUGGGCGCUUGGCGACAAUUGGAGAAAGCUAAUCCCAGAAUUCUUGAGAAUGCGGGACUGUUUUUGGGCUAAAAUGAAGUACAGAGCGUUUGUUAGCCGGCGAUGCUGCGAUGAGAUAAUGCUGAGGAAGCCAUCUCACUGGGCUUGGUCCCGUGAACGGGCCGCCCAUCACAGUGGGGCCUUGAGGAGUUACCUGAAGAGUGAAGAUGACAUGUUCCCUAAAGGACCUGGCGUAACGCCCCCAGUCUGCCUUCUCUGUUCAUUUGAUCUAGAAGACCCUGAAAUAACUUCUUCGACCAGUGAUGUUCCUACCAGUGACCUGCCACCUUCUUCGCCAAUGAACCAGGAUUCGGACAGCUUUGCUGUACUGAUGAUGCAUCUGAAGACAGACUGCAGUGUGCCGACCCAGCAGGAGCCAGCUAUGGAGGCAGAUGAAUGAGGCCCAGACUGCCGAUUCCUGGGAUAACAUCCAGUGACUGCGAAUCCUCUUCACGCCAUUGUUAUUUACUUCCUUGAAGUGGCACGCAUUGAGUG